AUGGACGAUUCGGUCAGAUCUUUAAUUAGAUUUGUUAGUAGAGGAUUUUAUUCUACUCCAUACAUCUUAAUUUUAGAUGCAGUACUUCGACAUUCUGUAUUAUCAGAAGAUGAUUUAAUCCAUUUACUUGGUAUUAAAAGAAAAGAAUUAAGAUCAUUAUGUAAUAAAUUAGUUGAUGAUAGAUUAUUAGUAAAUCAUAUACAAAGAGAAGAUAAUGGACAACAAAAAUAUGUUACAAGAACUUAUUUUUUUAUACAUGUUACUGAAGCUAUUGAUUCAAUUAAAUGGAAAGUUCAUUCGAUUGUCAAUUUAUUAAAACAAGAAAUGUCUACUUUUGGAAAUCCACAAGGUUAUGUUUGUCCUCGAUGUGGAAGGAAAGUUUCACAAUUGGAUGCCAUAUCUUUGUUAAGUGAAGAUAAGACUGAAUUUAUAUGUGAUGUUUGUCAAGGAGUAUUGAUUGAAGAUGAUUCAUCACAACAAGCUAUAUUAAAACAAGAAAAAUUGGAAGAUCUUAUGUUACAAAUUGAUCCAAUUAUUAAAUUUUUAAAAAUAAUUGAUGAAAAUCAAAUUACAGAUAAUGAUUUUGAAAGUGCUUUAUUACAAGCUAUUCCUGCACAAUCAACUACAUCAGCUCAAUAUACUUUAUCUAAUAAAGUUAGUAAUAAAUCUAGAUCAAAUGCUCAACAAUUACAAGCAGCAGCUGCAAAAUCACAAGCUACUUUACAUGUCUCAAUUACUGCCAAUGAUGAGAAUUAUGAGAAAGAACAAGAAGAAAAAGAAAGAAGAAGACAAAAAUUGGAACAAAAUGCAUUACCUUCAUGGCAUUCAAAUAGUACUGUGGGUAAUAAACAAAAUGUAGAUUAUGUUAAAGAUGAAGACUUAGAUGAUAUGGGAAAUAGAAAUGAGGAAAUUCCAGAGAUUAAAGAAGAAAAAAUCAAGACUGAAGAGUUAGAUGAUGAUGAAAACAACGGGACUGAUAUGUCUUCAGUACUACCAACUCCAGAACCAUCUACUGGACCAAACGUUCAAUCAUUGAAUGAAAAUACUGGCACAUCAGAUUUGAAAGAUAAAGAAUCACAAGAUGCUUUAGCUGCUUAUUAUGCUCAAUUAGCUGAACAAGAUGCAGAUGAAGAUGAAGAUGAAGAAGAAGAUGAUGACGAUGAUGAAGAUGAUUUUGAUGAUAUAGUAUAA